AGAAAGUAAAUUCGUUUAAAACACAGGACAUAGUUUCUUUGGGGGCAAAUAGUUAUGUGUCAUUAUCAUUACUAACAGUUUAUUUUAUUAUUCAUAUUGUGUUGCUUAGUGAAAUUAACCUAUUAUAGUAAUAGAACACUAUUUUCUUAUUUCUCUGUCUUAGCUGUAUUAGCUAUAAUUUCCAGCUGUUUCCAGCUUGUAUUAAAAAAUUCUUUUUUGUAUUAUGGUUGAAAUAUAGACCAGUUUUUUUUAAUAAUUAAUUUUCUAUUUCAUUUACUUAGAACUUCAGGAAACUCAUCUCUCUAUAAUGACUAAAUACAAGCUGGACUGUGAAGGAAUUAUGAGCUUCGUGAACUGGCCAAGGGAAAGUCAGGCUAAGCCCAUAGAAUUAUGGUCUGCUGGAUUAGAAUAUACUGGUCAAUAUGAUAUUGUAACUUGUAAAACUUGUGGAAUAGUUUUGGGUCAAUGGAUUAAAAUACAUGAUCCUAAGGAAAGACAUGCAAGAAAGUCGUCCAAUUGCUCCUUCAUUCAGCAACAUUGCGAAAGUUUUCGAGCAAAUCGGAAAAAACCUACCUUAGGAUUUGUGCUUGAGAACACAGAAGACGUCUAUAACAAUCCAUCUGAUUCUGAAAGUGUUAAAUCUGACCACAAGGGUGCUGAUUACUCACAAAAUGAUGAAGAUGAAUUUGAUGGAUUUGACUAUGGUAGAUUUUGUGAAAACACUUCAAUAAAUCCUCAUUCCAAUGAUGAUUCCAAUGAUCUUACCUCAAAGACUGAACUUGAAAAUAUGGGAUUUUCCUACUUAGGAGAAGAAAAUCAUGUCCAAUGCAAUACUUGUUUAGGAGUCUUAACAGAUUGGAAAAACGACGAUGAUCUUAAGAUGAUCCAUCAUAAGACCUUUCCACGCUGCCCAAAAUCUUUAGAGUUUACUCAGAAAAUGGCACACAUCUCAACACCAAAUGAACCAAAUAGUACCUACGGUAACUACGUAGAUAGAAACCAGCGAAUGAGGACUUUUUCACUUUGGCCUAAAUCAGGAAUACCCGCCUACAAAUUAGCUGAAGCUGGAUUUUAUCUCUACAAACAUCCAACCGGAGUGAAAUGUUUCUCUUGUGGUGGAACAUUUGAUAAUUUAUCAAAAUAUGAUGAUCCCUGGAUCUUACAUGCUCAGAAAUAUGGUAAAAUAUGUAACAUUGAUGAGUUCGAUAGCGUAGAUGGUGCUAGAGGGCUUAAUAAUAAUGAAAAUAAUGUAAUUGAAAAAGAUGGAAAUAACGGAAGCAUAAAUAAUUUAGCUAAUUUGGAAAAUGAGCAGACUGAUAAAACAGUACGUGAUUGGAAUAUGAUAAUAGAGGAAUACAUGCAAAGUGAAGUUGUGAAGGAUGUUGAAAAAUUAGAUAUUUCAAAGAAUCGUAUAAGAGAUUUUUUACUUCAAACAGGCGAAUUAUAUUCGGAAGCUAAUGCUUUAGCAAAUGCAAUGAUAAAUUCUGAAUUAAAUAAGAAUACAGAUUUGACGACUGGUGAAAUGCAUUUACCUAACCAACCUAGGAAUUACAAGAAUCCGCAACAUUUAUCAGAUAAUCUUAGAGAAAAUGUUACAGAUACAAUUGGAAAAGUUAAGAAAAAAAAAAGAAAAAAGAAAAAGAAAAAACAAGAAAAGGAUGUAAUUGAUGAAAUUUCAAAAGAUCAAUUAGUAUUGGAAACUGAUAACAAGCGGGAAGAUCGUAAGCCUACUCAAAUUGACGCUAAGUCAAAAUCUCAGAAUAAAUCAAAUAUAGAAUUAAAACGGUACAAAAAAUUAAAGGCAAGAGCAGAGAAACUAGAGGAGGAGAGUAUGUGUACUAAAUGGCAGAAACUCAAUUUGAUUAUUUUACAUUUUCACAAGACUGGCCAACAUCUUUUUGUACAAUUGAAAAGGCCUAGUACGAAAUAUAAGUCACCAGAUCCAUCGUUUUGUAAUAAAACAGCCAAAUUUGAUGAUAAGGCAAUAAUAAAAUUGAAACCCAAAUUGCAAACAUAUUGGCCAAAUAUGUUCCCCGAUACGGACCCUAAUCAAUUAUGGAAACACGAAUAUGAGAAGCAUGGUACUUGCGCUAUAUCAGUGUCUAAAGUGAACACGGAAUAUAACUAUUUCAAUUAUACAUUGGCUCUUCGCAAGUGGUUGAAUAUUGAUGAAAAGUUGGCAAAAUACGGAAUAAGACCAAGAGCAAAACCUUACAAGCUAAAAGAUAUAACCUCUGCCUUGGACAAGGCUUUUAACGGGUUUAAUGUUGAUAUACAAUGCUCAUCGGUCCAUGGAAAACAUUAUUUACAAGAAAUUCACGUCUGUCUAACAAAGGAAUUUAAACAAAUGGACUGUAAAGUAACGUCCCUUUUAUAUCGUUCACUUUCAUCAACAACUUCCUGUUCGAAAAAGAACAUUUAUUACCCUAAAAAAAAUAGUCAGCCGGAAGUAAUUAAAUCUAAACAGAUGAAGUUUGAAAAUAUUGAUAACGUUCCGGAAAUUAAGAAUCAUUUAUAA